AUGUUGUAAGUCUGUUUUAUUGUUAUCUGCACAAUGUUUAAAAGAAGUCUAAAGAAAUAAAUAGUGUCAUUAAUUUAUGGUAUUAAGUCCCCUCACCUUCCCUCGACCUUAGCUUCUUAAAAGCCACCAGAAUGGCUUCUGCCAUAUUCCAAUCCUUCCUUGCUCUUUUGCAUAACUAUAAAUAUAGAACUUCCCUUUUCCAGAAAAAUAAAUCACUUCAUUCUACUUUCCCAAGUUUCCUGUGUUUUUCACUUUUAUUUUUAUCACAAUGGUGUCGGGUUCGUUGGAAUGCCCUGUUAGGGGGCAAAUGCUGUCAUCGGUGGUUCCAGCCAAAGCAACCGGCGGAAACAAGGAUUUGGAGCUAACAAACAUGGAUUUAGCAAUGAAACUCCAUUAUAUCAAAGGCGUGUAUUUCUUCCAACCUGAAGCGGCUCAAGGUUUGUCGAUUCAUGAUUUGAAAGAGCCCAUGUUUCAGUGUCUGGAACUUUACUACGCUGCCUCAGGGAGGAUUCGGAGAUCGGAAAGUGGCCGGCCGUUUAUCAAAUGCAACGACGGUGGCGUCCGAAUCGUUGAAGCUCAGUGUGAUAAGAGUGUUGAUGAAUGGCUGGCUAUGGCCAGAAACAAUGAUCAUAUGCUCGGCCAUGAUCAAGUUCUUGGCCCUGAUUUGGGUUUCUCGCCUUUGGUUUUUGUCCAGUUCACACGGUUCAAAUGUGGGGGCGUCUCGGUAGGACUCAGCUGGGCUCAUGUAUUGGGAGAUGCAUUUUCAGCCUCAAAUUUCCUUAAUUUAUGGGGACAAAUCAUGGCGGGAAAACAAGUUCCGUUGCAGCCUAACAGUCCUGCUCACAACAUAUCCCAAUUCCCAACUUCUAUUUCCAGGAAACCAUUUUCCUUGAAAAAAGUUGACCCUGUUGGUGACUACUGGUUAACUCCCAAUAACUCUAAAAUGGGAACUCACUCUUUUCGCAUCACUGCCAAACAACUUCAUUAUUACAUCACAACAUAUUGUAUUCAUGACCCGAAUAAAAUCUCGGAUUUCGAAAUUAUUUCGGCUAUGAUAUGGCAAUCAUUAUCGAAAGCCAGAGAGGAUUCAGGUCCGAACAUCGUUACAAUUUGUUCAAACAAUUCUGCCAAUAAAAUGGCGAUGUUGCCGAGUAAUGGCAUGACACUGAGCACGGUGGAAGCUGAUUUUUGUGUUUCGAGGGUGGAAAUAGCGGAAUUAGCAAAGCUGAUAGCUGAAAAAAAGAUGGAUGAGAGUGGAUUGAUAGGAGAGUUGAUAAAGGGGGACGAAGUAAGAUCAGAUUUUAUAGUGUAUGGAGCAAAUUUGACAUUUGUAAACUUGGAAGGAAUGAAUGUGUAUGGAAUAGAAAUGAAGGGAUUGAAACCAGUGUGUGCGAAUUAUAUGGUGAAUGGAGUUGGAGAAGAAGGAACAGUGGUGGUUCUUCCUAGUAAUGAAAAAGAUGGUGGGAAUAAUGGGAAGAUGGUCACCAUCACCUUGCCUCAACAUCUAUUGCUAAAGCUUAACAAUGUACUUCAAAUUGAUUGGAAUAUUGUUAUUUAAUUUAAAUAUUUUCUCAUUUCAUUUCUUGUAAUGCAUGCGUGGGUUAUCGUGUCUGUAAGAGAAUAAUGAAUGUAUGGUGGCUCUGUUGUUAUAUAUGAAUAACAUUCUCAUUAUCAUAUUUAAAAA